ACCCUACCCGCCAUUAAACGGGUAAGAUCCUACCAAACCCAUUCUCUGGCGGGUCGGAUAGGGUAGGGUGGCGGGUAUAACCGUUUUCUUUUUUAUUACUACUACCCGUAAGGAGGAGAAAAAACAGAGGAGGAACGGAUAAUAAUAAGAGAGAUGAUUCAAGUUCCUGUUGUUUAGAUCAAAACUCCAAAGUUGGUACUAGUUGGAGAAGAUUUCAAAAGUCUUUUUUAAGAAAAUGAAGGAGAACGAAUUCGUGGAAAUGAAAUUAGACUCCCCCACAAAGUCUGCUGGGUCUACAGGAAUUAAGACACCAAGAAUUGAAUCAGGAGGAUCAAUUCAAUUUGAGGAUAAAGAAGAAGAUUUCAUAGAGAAUAAGAAAAUUGAUGAUGAUCAAGAGGCGUCGAAGAAGAAUUGUUCGGAUUUGGGUAUGAAAAAAGAUCAAAGAAACUUACAAGAAAGGAACAACGGUGGUGGUUUGCAUAUUUGGAAGUGGAGGAUAACUGGAAUUGGAGCUCUCUGUUCUCUAGGAAUCACUGCAGCUACUAUCUAUAUUUUCAUUAUAGGAAACAGAAAAAAACAUCAUCAGCAGAAUCAAAAAUUCAGAUUCCAGAUUUAUGCAGAAGACAACGAGGAACUUGAAGAGAAUAUGUGAAGAUUACGUGGCGGGCGGUUUGGCUUAAAUCAUCUAGCCCAUCCUCUAGAUUCAGAGGUUCUAAUACAGGAUUUAAUCAUUUCAUGUCAUCGAUAAUAUAAAUUCAAAUUUAUUUUUAACGGAUUUGUUUCAUAUUUGUUUAUGAAAUUUUCUGUUCUCCAAAUUAGCCAAACUCGAGUUUGCAAUUCUCUGUAAGUAAAUCCCAUCUAUAAUGGGUUUACAUAACGAGAGCAUAACAUGAAGAAGAUCAGUAGAAGAAGAAGGGUUUCUCUGUCAUAUCAAUCAAAAUCAGUAGAUGAAAUUGUGUUAGUAUAAUCUAGGAUAGUUUAUACCCAAUUCGAGAUACCCGAUGUUCAUGCAAUGUAAGUUUCUCGA